GACCGACCUUGCACCUCCCCUAGUUUGCUAUCACUAGGCUUUUGAAUACCAUGUCUGCACGAGAUCGUCCUCACGCGCGUAUCACCUCUUACCAUGGAGCAAAGCGUAACCUUCUUGGAAACCAAGCUGGAAAUGUGCCACCUGCAUGGCGGGACAGCAAGGACAAGCAGAAAGAGCGAGGAAGCAAAAUUCUGCUCAGCAGGCUCCCAGUAGAUGUUGGAGAAACAGAAGUCGAAGAACUGUUCAAGAAGACCAUAGGUCCUUUGAAAGAGUGUUUCGUAAUAUACAACACGCAAGGGCGCUCGAAAGGGAUGGCGGUUAUAACGUUUCAGCGCCCAGGAGAUGCAGCCGCAGCUCGUGAAAAAUAUGAUGGUAAACUCAUCGACGGCAGACGUCCAAUAAAGAUCGAAAUAAUUGUUGAUUCGGAUGAUGCCGCGGGGUCUACACAAUCUACAACUGCAUCUGUAGUUCCUUCGCUACUAGGACGCAUCGGGAAAUAUGCAGGUACUCCUAAGAGUGGCCCCCCUGCUUCUCAGAGUCAAGUACUGAACGUAAACGUUUUGCCAGCCCCCGCUCAAAAAAUCGUAGUAUCACCGCGCACUGUUCAGACUGCUGGAACAAAGGCCGUGUCAAGGCGACGCAAGAAGAAGGGCCCACGACGCAUAAACAAGUCAAAUGUUUCCAAAAAGUCACUUGCUGAACUCGACCAGGAUAUGGAGGAGUACAAAGCUGCCGCAGGCGGUCAUAAAGAGAGCAGUGACCAGUAGUUUAUGCGUCUUUCCCUGGGAAGGCUGGGCGAGCAUAUCACCGAUUCAUCCACCUAUAUUGUAUAACACGCUAUUAGUUUGAGAGCAGGACUAUAAUUUAAUUGGUGUCCUCAGGGUAGCCCAACGUCCGGUUUUUUUUUUGCGAAAGACUUAC